AUGUUCAUCCUCAUAUCGGUGCAAGAUGCUGAGUUCGCCGAGGAGAAAGCUCUGCUGCAGAAGCCGAAGCCGGUGUCGUGGAAGAACGUGUUGCCGAAGCGUAGCUCGCUGUACAAGCUGAGUCCGUUCCUAGCCGAAGAUGGUUUGCUGCGAAUGAAUGGUCGGAUCGACGAAUGUGCGCAUGUGGAGGAAUGCACGAAGCAUCCGAUACUGCUUCCGAAGCGACAUCUGGUUACGGACCUUAUCAUAGCCAGCGUUCAUCAAAAGUUCUGCCACAUGAAUCACCAGUCAACGCUCAACGAAAUCCGCCGCAGAUUCUACGUUCCGGCAUUGAAAUCGGUCUAUAACCGUGUCCGUGACCGAUGCCAGCACUGCAAGAUUCUUCGAGCGAAACCAGAAGCCCCCGAGAUGUCUGGCCUUUCGGUUGGACGCCUACAGCCAUUUUGUCGUCCAUUUUCCUACGUUGGUAUCGACUACUUCGGACCGAUGCACGUAGUUAUCGGUAGGAGGACCGAGAAACGAUGGGGUGUACUCAUAACCUGUCUAACUGUGCGAGCAGUACACCUCGAAGUCGCACACAGCCUCACCACCGACUCAUGCAUUCUCGCCAUACGAAACUUCAUCGCCAGGAGAGGUGCCCCGGUUCAGAUCAUCAGCGAUCGAGGCACCAACUUCAUCGGAGCCAGCCGCGAACUGAAGGAAGCCCUGCAGCAAGUGAACCAGGACAAGUUGAUGGAACACUUCGUCACCACUGAUAUAGAAAUGGACGUUCAACCCUCCGGCGUCACCACACUUCGGCGGAGCCUGGGAACGCCUAACGAGAUAUUACGGAACACGCUUACGGAGAUCGAGCUUACCGUUAAUUCUCGACCACUAACCGAACUACCGCUAGACGACGAGCUAUCGCAAGCACUCACUCCGAAUCACCUUUUGAUCGGGUCGUCAGACGGUUCAAAGCCCCCGAUCGCAUAUGACGACAGCAGCUACGCUCUGAAGCACACCUGGAGAAUGUCGCAGGUCUACGCCAACCGGUUCUGGCGGCGUUGGGUAGAUGAAUACCUGCCCACACUCACACGAAGGACAAAAUGGUUUAACCGUGUCAAGCCGAUUGAGGAAGGAGACAUCGUUAUCAUCGUGGACGAGACACUGCCAAGGAACUGCUGGCCGAAAAGUCGGGUGGUACAUGCAAUCCGGUCCAAGGAUGGACAGGUUCGUCGUGCACUGGUGCAGACUGCAACUGGAGUUCUUGAGAGACCAGCCGUGAAGAUCGCGGUGUUGGACGUCGGUGCAAACGUGAGUACUUCGGAGCAGUAA